UCUUGCCUUGUUUUCCCGGAACCGGAAGUACUCGUUCAGGUAGCGCGAGCUCUCUCGGGCAGCACACCUCUGUGGUGACAGUUGUCGUCGCCUCUGACUCAUAGCUAACGCUAGCUCAGGUUGGGCCCGUGUGGCGGUGGGGUUGGGUUGGUGCUUUACCUUCCUUACUUGUACAGUCGAUAUUAUGGCUGCCGCGGAUCCCCGGUCCUCGAGUGACGGUGGCCCGGCCAGCAGAGGAGGAUUCCCGGCCGGGGAGAGCAGCAACGACCGCGACGGGCCGAGCGGCGGAGGAGGCAGCGGUGAAGGAGAACGGGACCGGGCGACGUUCGAGUGCAACAUUUGUUUGGACACUGCCAGGGACGCUGUCAUCAGUAUGUGCGGACACUUGUUCUGCUGGCCCUGCCUUCAUCAGUGGCUUGAGACGCGGCCCAGCAGGCAGCAGUGUCCCGUCUGUAAAGCGGGCAUCAGCAGAGAGAAAGUCAUCCCACUGUACGGCCGAGGGAGCUCCAGCCAAGAGGACCCCAGGUUGAAAACUCCCCCACGGCCUCAGGGACAGAGAACAGAGCCAGAAAGUAGAGGCGGGAUGUUUCAGGGUUUUGGGGACACCGGCUUUCAUAUGUCCUUUGGCAUUGGUGCUUUCCCCUUCGGCUUCUUCACCACAGUCUUCAACACCAACGAACCCUUUCACAGAGCAGACCAGUAUACAGGUGAUCAUCAAGGCAACGGUAACCUCAACAACGGCAAUAACAACUGGCAAGACUCCCUCUUCCUGUUUGUGGCCAUCUUCUUCUUCUUCUGGCUGCUGAGUGUGUGACGAAGACAGGAUGGGAAAAAAAAAACCAAGACAAACUCGCACACUUAACUCGAGCCACAGACACUUAUUUUACAUUUCUUAGCAGGUACUAACUCGGGAGAUAAAGCAGGGAAGUAGUUUCAAAAGAAGUAUGGGAAUUUUGUUUAUUUCCUAACAAAGGCAGAUUCACCUCAGCCCCGCUCACCCGCUAUGGCAAUUUGUUUAUGCAAGAAACACUCGCUGGGAAGUAGUGUUGGGUGUAUCCUUAAAAGAUGUACGCGCUCCUUCUCUACAUUCAUCUGUAGAUAUUUGCACAUGGAAAAAUACAAAGUGACUAGCUCACUGUUAGGCGAAAGAGACAGUAUUACGAGCCUAAAGUGAGCUCUUUUGUGUCAAAACAAAGAAAAAGGUGGGUAGAGGAAAAUUUGGGGCAAAGCGGUUUCUGUGAUUUUUCCCCAUGAAGGAGUUGCUGGUUUAGUCUUUGAUUUAAUAAAAUAAGAAGAGGAAUUUUGCAAAAAAAACAAGGAAGAAAGAGUAAGGGGUUGGGUGUAACAUACUUUACAAGGCCAAAGAGUAGCAAUCAGUCACGUAUGAGUCAGGGGGUCGAAAAUGUAACUGAAUUAUCUUCCUGUUUACAGUUUGAAAUGAAAUUGUACUCCAGAAAUUGCAACUUCAUUCUUAAUGGCGGUAAUAGCACAGAUGGAUGCAUUUUUAUAAACAUUUGUCUUAAUGAAAACUACCAUUGCACUGUGAAGUCAUUUGUACACAAAGCUGCCCCAAAGGUAGAGCAUUUGCCGGGGUCAAGCCACUUCUUGCAUCUUGUUUGGUUGCUGUGGCCAGUUUGGGAGAUAUUCAUGAGCAAUUUAAGAGAGUAAAAUACAAAUCUGGCACAGAAAGAAAUUUGCAGGUUGAGUAGCUCAGUGAUGCUACAUGCUGCAUGAAAACGGGGAGUAGAGCUGGUGCAGCCUGACAAGCAAGGAGGGUCUUUUCAAUAAGAGGAGGUGAAAAGGUCAGAACACUAAAAAAGUUUGAUCAACUUUGUUACCAUUGAUUUUCUUUCUGUUUGUUUGUGUCUGAGUGAGUGUGUAAACAUUAUAUAUUUGUACAUAUGAAUAUUGUAAAUGCUGUUUCUAAUGUGUUUUCUGAGUGGAUGACCAACCAAGGAGAGCAAAAGAGAUCGACAUGUUUGAGUAGGCUUCAAGAUGCUUUUGUAAAGCAAGAUCUGCCUCCUGGUUUCAUAAAUUCCUUCCUCUAACUCAAGAAAAUCUUACAGCCCAUGUUAAUAACUCUUCUGCCAACCCUCUCCUGUUAAGUUAAAUAAAUGUUAUAAAAGAAAACA